ACACAUGGCAUGUUCCUUAUUGGACAUUUUCCAAAAAUGUUGUGUACUCAAAAUUUCUAAUGGUGUUGUGCUGCUCCAAUUAGGGCUGAAUGUCUAUGAUUUGAAUAUUAAUCAAUUGAGACAUGUCGGUAUUGUAUACAACUGCACUGUCCAUGAAAGAUUCUAUCAAUAACACAAAGCAGACGUUGAGAAGCACAAAAGGCAAAAAAUUGUGGAGAGGGGACUCAUCAGUACUUAAAAAGAAAGAACCUUUCGUAAAUAAAAGAUUAGGACAAGGAAUCUACCGAUUUUCUUAAUAGGAUGACUCAUAGUUAUGUUGUAAACUUGAAAUAAUAAUAAUAUUCUAGGUCGGUCCAGAAAAAAGAUAACAAAAGGAGAAAGAAGAUUUCUCUGAUUUUUUGAACUUUUCUAUUAGGGCAGUUGGGAUGGAAGGAAAAAAACACUUCCAAGUGGAGAAAGAAUCAUAAAAAGGAAAUCAGAAUUAAAGGUGGGGUCUUCUUCUUUAGUUUAAAGUCUUUAUACAUAGAGUGCUUCAGAGCUAAGUUUAAUACAGUAAAACAAAUUAAUUUUUUUAAAUUUUAUUAAUGGAUACUUGUAGAGCGUCGGAGCAACGCCAGUAGUUUGACCAAUCACUCAAAGAAUGAGAAUAUAAAUAAGUGAUCACCCACUUCCCUCUUCUUAUUUCUCAAACACCAAGAUUUUCCGAUCAAAUUAAACCAGAGAGAUAUCUAGCUGAAUCAGAAAUGGACUUUGUUGUUGGUUUCAGAUUCUAUCCAACUGAUGAAGAAAUCAUCCGUCUUCUGAAGCAGAAGAGGCUUGACCCUGAUUUCUCUGUCCAAGCUAUUUCUGAGACUAAUAUCUACGAUUUCGAACCUUUUGAGUUACCUAGUCUUUCGCGAAUUCAGUCCGAUGAAAAAUGGUGCAACUUUUUCUGUGCACCUGAUUAUAUAAAUGCUGAUACCAAACGCGUUAGUAGAGCAACUAAGACAGGGUACUGGAAGGUAACCGGCGAAGUUCGUAAAAUCAAGGCUAAACGCAGCAAGGAGGUGAUUGGUAGCAAAAGAAUCUUGGUUUUCUAUGAACGUCCCGGUGGUUCUAAGGAGAUUAAGACUAACUGGGUUAUGCAUCAGUUUUCUGUCGAUGAUGAUUCUCUUUAUAAGAAGGAUUUUGUUGUGUAUCGCAUAAAAAGAAAAAGGGAUAAGAAGCGUCAUGUUUCAACCAACGUUGCAGUUCAACCAAAAAAGAAGCCCUGCAUAUCAACCAGGAAUAAGGGUGAACCAAGUCAUAGGAUUGCUUAUGAUAAUGGCAAUCCUGUUGAAGAUAAUGCUUAUCCAGAAUCUCAGUUACCAAGUAAUUCUUUGGUUUCUAAUCCGGGAAAUUGUGUUGUAGAAAAUACUUCUACACAAUUGCAAUCACAUGUUGCAGAAAAUAAUUCUCCGGAAUCACAACUACCACCAAGUAAUUCAUCAGCUUCAAAUCCUAGAUAUCAAGUUACAGAAAGUACUUUGCAAGUGGAUCCCCAGAAUCUUGCCAAAUCAAAUAUUCUCAAUGAGUGUAAUGGGUUGGAUCACACCUCUCCCUUGGUACUGCAGUCACCGAUAAAUCCAGAACAGGGACCCUCAUAUUCCAGUGCCUCUAGUAAUGACCAUGACGUAUUGAGUUCUCCAUUUGGCGACAAGAAGGAAGAUAACUCUGUGAAUCGAUGUCAGUGUUUCCAGAACAAAUACCCUUGUGGAGACACGGGAGAUAGUGCUCUUCCUCCUUACUUCAACUCAAUAAAAUCAGUAGCUGGAUUUUGCAGUGGGGUUAGCAGUGAAUUAGACACUGAAACCUUCGGUGAAUGGGUAAAUGGUUUAUUUGAGUAUAAUUCCUAGCAUUUGUAAACCACAACCAAAUUCUGUAUUUUUGACAUUGUAAAGAUGUUUCACUCAUGUAUCUGUGUAUUCCAAACCAUGUAAUCUUUCAAUAUGGUUAUAUCUUUCUGGAGUUUGUUAUUUAGAA